UCGUGAAGCAUUAGCAUAGCAACACCUUCAAUCAGCCAAGGUCCGCGUAAGAGGAUGGAGGACCGGAGACCGCUAAGCGGCGUCUCUUUGGCGUCUGUCGCGUCUUCGUCGGCGUCGUCUUCGCUGAGAAACGAGCGGGUGCGGUUCCUCAUCGUCCGACAUGGCGAGACGGACAGCAAUGUCGCUGGCAUCAUCCAGGGCCAGCUUGACACGGACCUCAACGCGCGGGGGAGAAGACAGGCUGCCCAGGUUGGCAAGGCCCUUAGCACCGUCGACAUCGACGAAGUGUACAGCAGCCCGCUCCGACGAGCUGCCGACACGGCGAGGGCCAUUGUCGAGGCUCACCCAAAGCAGGCGCGUCUCCCCGUCUGGUUCGAUGACCGCUUCAAGGAGAGGGGCUUCGGCAGCCUCGAAGGACGGACGUAUGACCGGUCCAAGCCCAAGCGAGAUUCCAUCGAUGGCAUUGAAAAGUCAAACGACUUUAUGCUCCGGCUAGCCUCGCUCUGGACAGAUAUUCUCAGUGGACCUGCACCCUUUCGGGGCGCCGAAAAGCUCGUGCACACUCGUCAGGCAGACUUUGGAGCAAGCGGAAGCAGUGGAAUGCCCCUGGUCCGUCGUUCGCUCGACCGAUCAUUGGACCAUGGCGGGUGCAGCCGGACGGUGCUCCUCGUUGGUCACGGUGCUGCCAUUGGCGCUCUCGUAGGAAAUGUCCUGCUGGACACCGGUCUCGCCAAGCUGGGUGCUGGCAUUUCUCGCACGCGUGUCUGGAACUGCAGCAUCACCGAGCUGCAGCUCGAUCUCGACUCCCUCGAAGUGCCUGAAUCUUCCAGCUCCCAGUUGAUCAGCAAUGGUGUCCUGCCGACACGCCCGCCACCACCGAGCUUUGCAGAGCAUGCGCCUGGCGCAAAAUUCUGGUGGACCCUCGGCGCCUCUACCUCAUCAAGCGGCAAGGGCGCUGCGGCUGGCAACCCGCCGCGAGGGAGGAGAGAUUCAAGGGACUGCGGCGCUGCGUGCGACGCACCUUUUCUCGUUGAGCGCUGGGCCGAUGUGAGGCACCUGCCCGAGGACGACGAAGAGGAUCAAGAAGGGGCCAGAGUCAACGCAGACGAGCUGGCCAAUCGAGCGACAUGAGUCUUACGCCCUUCCCGGAUGGCUGCAUUUAGAGUACUUUAUUAGAAUACAUGGGGUAGUGUCUCU